CUUCGAAUCCCUACUACAUUCGACCAAGUGGCUCAUGCUGAACUCGUUGCUCAAGCGGUAGGCAGGCCACUGCUUGAUUUUGAUUUUUCUCGGAUUGGCAAGAGUUUUCACUUCGUGAACCGAAAAAUAACCUAUCACAUCCGACGAUUCCACCAUUACAGACUCCCACUCCGUCCCCGCACCCUUCCUCAAUACCUACGCAAACCAGCUACUAUAUACAUUUCAACCCAUCCAAUAAAACACCCCAGAUCCUUGCCAGAAUGUCUGCCUCGCCCUCGGCCUCGAACCCCUCCCUCACCACCUCCGCUUACAUGGUCUCUUCCCGCGACCGUUCCUACUCCUCCGCCUCAGACGACGACAUUGCCUCGCUCCCCUCCGAGUCCACCUCUGGCUCCGACCUCGACACCCUCUCAGAUUACUCCGACGCGGAAGAAGAAUGGCGCGAAAGUCUCGAGCAGUUGGAGAUGCUUCUCACAAUGGUGUUUGUGCCGUUCGUGGGAAAAUAUUUGGGCCGGAAAUGCGCGUAUUGGAGUUGGACGAGAUUCAUGGAGUGGAAGUACCCUGUUGAGGUGGUCGUAAGCAACAAGGCCGCCUUCAAGGGAGCCGGCGCUGUAGGGGCGCUCUCCCCUCUAUGAGCGGAGUUGCGCAAGAUAGAAGGUGUUUAUAUGUUGAAUAUAGGGAUAUUUUUGCGCUGAUUUCGGUGGUGAGUUCAUUGCAGCAUCCUACUAGUUCUGGCGUCCGGUGAGCUCGGUAAUGGUACCAAGAUGUACCGUUCUCGUGGAGCUGCCCUGCAGGAACACAGAGGAAGCUGGAGACGGAGGGGUGCUGAAUUUGAACUGACCAUUCGAUGUCUUCUGCCCCGAUUUCAAGUCAAUAGGACUGUCUCUCUUGGGACAUUCGUCUAGUUCAUUUUUGUGUCGAUUUCAUAGCAUAGCAUUGUUGUUCUUAGAAGAAGUAUACCCAUAUAUCAGCCACGAGGCUUAUCCAAG